AUGGUAGGUGCUUCUUCCAAGCGCCCUCGUGAGCAUGAAACAGCCGUAGAACCGAUAUUAGCAGGUUCCUUCUCGGGAGGAAACGUAUCAAAAAAAUCUUUUAACGGAACUGUUGUGGCGGAAACUGACAAUAAAUCUUUAGGAGUUACCGCUACAUUACUGAGAGAUGUGGACUUCAACUCCCAAAGUUCUAUGAAACGUUCAGUCAGCAACAACAGCAACAUGGUUGGAAGUCAAAAUGAUGAUAGUAAUGAUGAAUGCGAAGGGGAAGUAUGUGAACUUUUCAAAAGUCCUGCGCAACUUGGUGGAAAGCUUCAAGUCGGUGUGGACAGUCGACCUGACGUUCCAGUUUCUAACGGACAAAAAACUUUGCUUCACGCUGAAUGUACUAACAGUACCGCGUCUGUUGAUGGUGCAAUCACAACACUCCACACAUUACAGCAACUGAAGGAAUUAUUUCACACACCUCCAGUGCAACUAGAGGCUCAGGCUAAGGCGCCGCUCCUGCAGCUUUGUGCAGGCGAAACUGUCUUUGUUGUGCUUCACAGCAACAAAGAGGAAAUAGAGGGUAUGCUGGGAAAUGUGACGAAAAAACUUUCCGCAUGCCGUAUAUUUUGCCUGGAUCUUAGUGCUCUUCCGCUCGCGGAACGGUCCGGUGCUGGCGCCCAAAUUACACCGAAUUCAGCAUCUGUUGACCGCGUCGGAGAUGUGAUCCUUCAAAGAGUAACAAAAAUUCUUGAUCUUAACAGUUUAUUGAAUGGAACACCCUCCGCGGAGGGUCCUUCCCAAUCCCUUUCGAUCAAACACUCGAGCGCUGGAGCGCAAGUGGAAUUUGAAAACGUCGCAUCAUCCGCCCAAUCAUCCGCAAAAGAUGAAAUUUGUCAUCAUGAACUAACACUUCCCUCCAUGGUGAUGUGGCGAGUUGCAGGAGGUCCGGUGGAUGAGUAUGGCGAUAUUACUGCAAUGGGUUCAUAUGAGGCCAUUCAAUCUGAGGUUGGAUCGGUUCCGCCGUAUGGGAAACCCUUAGUAGUGAAGGAACUUCAAACUGUUGACCAGUUGCAUUCCCUUUCACUGCUUGCUCCCGUGUAUACGGUGGAGCAUCUGCUUCGUAAAAUUGGUGAAACUGUGCUUUUCCCUCCGGGGAAUGAUACCCCAUCUGGAACUCACACUUUUAUUUACAUGGGUGCAUCAUGGUGCCCUCCGUGUAUGCGAGUUGUUGCUUCUCUCCCAACCAUGAUGAAGGAGGGAUUUCCCCACAGUUUUGCAUGUGUGGUAAAGGCUGAUAUGGACUUUGCGGAACCAUUAUAUAAGUUCUUUGGAGUAGAGAUAAUUCCCACAUUUAUUCUACUUAAUAACGAUGUGUUAAAAGGUGCUGGAGAUUGGUCCGCAUUUCUUAAAGGUAGCGGGAAAUGCAUGGGGACGUGUCUUGAACAACUGCGUGAAGGAUUACGGCGAAGUAAAAUGGGACAGAUUCAGAAUUCGAAGGUACCACUUAUACAAAGCUUCAUUGAUAAUCACACGAAAGGACUUAGUUUUGAUGAGGAAUUUUAG